GGGGCCGAGGUGUCGGUUGCGGCGCGCGGGGCGUCGGCGGCGGGAAGAUGGACGAGUUCCAGUCCGGGGAGGAGACUACCUUUGUUGUUGAUGAAGUUAGUAGCAUCAUUAAAGAGGCCAUAGAAAGUGCGAUCGGUGGCAAUGCCUACCAGCACAGCAAAGUGAACCAGUGGACAACAAUUGUGGUGGAACAAACGCUGAGUCAGCUCACAAAGCUGGGGAAGCCAUUCAAGUAUAUUGUGACCUGUGUGAUUAUGCAAAAGAAUGGUGCUGGGCUACAUACAGCAAGCUCUUGCUUCUGGGACAACUCCAGUGAUGGAACCUGCACUGUGAGAUGGGAAAAUAAGACUAUGUACUGCAUUGUCAGUGCCUUUGGACUUGCAAUAUAAUUGCCUCGGAAUAAUUCGUACUCCUUUUUUCUACUCCAGCACUUGAUUCCAUCUCUACUCAAACUGUGAAUACACUGAACAACUUCUGGGUUUAAUGUACUUUUUAAGUAACCUUUUAAAAGUGUAGAAAUGUGAAAACAUGCUGUUACGUGGUUUUGUAUUUAGUAUCAUACCAGUGUUGCCACACUGUCUUAACACUUCAAUAACUUCUCUUCAAGGUGCUAAUACUGAAGUCUGCUGCAGUGUAAACACUUUCUCUGAAUUUCUUUUUUAAGACCAAUAUAAAUGAGACACCAACUUUCCUACUUUGUACUUUUGGUUAGCAUUAAAUUAUUGAAAUUCAUAA